CCCACCCCCAUCCCGGGUGGACAGAAGGGUGAUGGAAUCGGUUUUCCUUGGCGAGCCACCUCAGUGUGUAUUGGGGCGACUUAAAGACAUCCCUGGAUGUCUUUCCGGGAAGAGCUUUCAUCACUUAAUUAUGCAACGAGGCGACGUCCUUGUGCGGGAUGCAGUGAUGAAUGGAAUCAGUAAUACUUGUGUACCAUCCAUCAUCUACCUCUGCCAUCCUGGGCUGGGAAUUUGCAUUUGUAAUUGGGGGCUGGAAAGAGGAGAACCUUUUUCCCUCUUGGGUCCCCGGGGCGUGCGGGGAAGGAGGACGGAGAGGGAGGAACCUGUGCAGCUUUUCCGAGUGAGCGCACGGUUGAGCGCGGCUCCUGUGGCGCCGGAGGGAAGGACCGACUGGAACCGCAAGAGCGCUGCCAGCAGGUCCAGCGUGCUCCACCUCAGACUUUCUCCACCAAGAGGCCUGUCAGAAGUUGGAGGUCUAGACGUCAAUUUCUGCACUUUCUGUCUGAACAGAUGAAACAGGUUUUCCAAGGGCUGGUGGUGCCUUUUCUCUCUCCAAGUCUGCUCCAGGCAGGAAAGGGCUGGGCAGUGAAUACAAAGUAGCUAGCGCAGCCAGGUUCUGGUUAGCUGAGCAGCGGGAUUUGUCUAAAAAUUGGUCCUAACCAGACAGAGGCUCUGGGCCACAAGGAGUUGGGUCACUGCGUUGGUCUCCUCGAAUUGCCAGAGUGGGGGAACGUCUUGAGAUAUUCUUAAAAUAAGGCAGCUCAGCUUUGUUCUGGCUUGCUGAUCACCAGCCAGGACUUCAUCUUUUUUAGGGACAAGAGGAGCCACAGACCUCAAGCAGAGCAAGUACAGCAUGAGAAUGUGACACCUCCAACCCCAGGCCUCAGAUGGUCCGUGAUGGAAAAUGUGAACCCACAAGAUGUUUUGAUCAACUCAUUGUAAACAAGGAGCUGAAAUCUGCAUACAGUCUUGGUACGAGAAUGUCCAGGGUCCUGGUCAGGAGGGCAGGAAGGAUCAUUGAAUGGCUCCUGCCUGACAACAUGCACCACCAGUGGCUUCUGCUGGCUGCAUGCUUCUGGGUGAUUUUCAUGUUCAUGGUGGCCAGCAAGUUCAUCACGUUGACGUUUAAAGACCCGGACGGGUAUAGUGCCAAACAGGAGUUUGUGUCCCUGACGACCCUGCCGGAACCAGGAAAGCCAAGAGGAGAGAAGCAUUUUCCUGAGGGUACGAAGCCAACUGGGAAGAUGCUUUCGGAAGGCCGCCCUGACCAGCCCCCGGUUUACCUGGAGCGGCUGGAGCUGGUCAGAAACGCCUGCCGGGAAGAGGCCCUGAGGAACCUCUCGCACACUGAGGUCUCUAAGUUCGUCCUCGAUCGAAUAUUUGUCUGUGACAAGCACAAGAUCCUUUUCUGUCAGACCCCCAAAGUGGGCAACACCCAGUGGAAGAAAGUGCUGAUCGUCCUGAACGGAGCGUUUUCUUCCAUUGAAGAGAUCCCCGAAAACGUGGUCCACGACCACGAGAAAAAUGGCCUGCCGCGCCUCUCCUCCUUCAGCAAAACGGGAAUUCAGAAGCGAUUGAAAACAUACUUCAAGUUCUUUAUUGUGAGAGAUCCCUUCGAAAGACUGAUUUCGGCCUUUAAGGAUAAGUUCGUGCACAAUCCACGCUUUGAGCCUUGGUACAGGCAUGAGAUCGCCCCUGGCAUUAUCAGGAAGUACCGGAAGGACCGAACAGAGACCCGGGGGAUCCAGUUUGAAGAUUUUGUGCGCUACCUGGGUGACCCAAACCACAGAUGGUUAGACCUUCAGUUUGGGGACCAUAUCAUCCACUGGGUGACCUAUGUAGAACUCUGUGCACCCUGUGAGAUAAAGUACAGUGUGAUCGGACACCAUGAAACCCUGGAGGAGGAUGCCCCGUACAUCCUGAAGGAAGCUGGCAUAGACCACCUGGUGUCGUACCCCACCAUCCCCCCAGGCAUCACCUUGUACAACAGAACUAAAGUAGAACACUACUUCCUGGGCAUCAGCAAACGAGACAUCCGGCGCCUGUAUGCGCGUUUUGAAGGGGACUUUAAGCUCUUUGGGUAUCAGAAACCAGAUUUUUUGCUAAAUUAAUGCGUAGGGCCCUUGAAUUCUUGCUAGAUCAGGGUCUGAUGAGGUGGAGGUCUGAGCACAGCUAUGAGACUUUCUCCAUCAUCCCCAUAGUUCUGUGAACAGAUGGUGUUGGGCUCUGAUUAUCUGAGCUUGGCUGUCAGAUGCUCUGAGGCCCGCCAACCCCACCCACCUUGAACCUGUAUCAUUAGGUCACUAGCCAUCACUCCCAGGAGAGGUUAAGAAAGACUGUUUGCAGACCGGUGGGCAGACCCCGAGGAUACAGUGCUAGGAGCUGUUCCCUGUUUGUCACAUUGCCAUUAGCACUAGCAGCUAAGCAGUGGCUGGGUGGUGUCACCUGUGACCUGUGGAUUGUACAGACCCAGCACUUUCAAGAGAGACGGAGAUGCUGUAUGGUUGCAAAAGUUACUGGGGCCCAUGCAGACUCAAAUCUAAGUCAGAAGGAUGCCUCUUUCUUCCAUCUCGGCACAACUGUGGCCACAGACACAGAUCAUUUAUGUUCCUCGAGCGUGAGGCCCUGUGACAUUUGGUGGUGAUAGUCACAGAACCAUUUGAGCAGUCUGUCCUUUCAAGUUCCAGGCUAGCCCAUUUUUUUUUUCCAGGUCCUCUGACCCUAUAAGCAUCUGUUUCAUUCUGCAGAAGAGAUACCCUUCUGGCAAAUGAGGGGGGUAUGUAGGGACAUCUUUGGGGACUUGGAACUUGGCACAGGGAAGAAAGAACUGGACGGUCCUGGGAACUCAGGCUGCUGUUGGAAUUGAGUGCCUUUGUCUUGGCUCCUGCUUUUAUCUUGGACUGCCCUUGGAGUGAGCAGCAGGGGCUUUUCCACCUGUCUCCUCCAUGAACCUGGCUGUCCUGAAAGGAUACAAGCCCCCGCUGACAACAGGCAGGCACGUCAUGCCCGCAUUGCAGAAUCUAGUACUGUUUACACACUGCCAUGUCCACACAUGUCGACAGACAGGAUCCUCCAGCCCUGGUUCUAAUAGUGCCACCAUUCUGGACUGAAAGACCACGAGUCGGCUAACCAGAUUCAUCAGCAAUAAAAUCUCGGGUGAAGCCAGUUCUGGCAACAUGUCAUCCAGGCACUGAGGCCAGGCCCCGGCAAGAAGAAAGCCACAGCAGCCAUGUUGGCUGCCAACCAGCAGCAACGUGCUGCUCAAGAUGACAGAAUGGUCUCCCUGAGGGAGUCCCUGGCACACACACACACACAUCUGCCCAGGGUCCAGUGAAACUGUGCUAGCUUUUCCUAAAGGCCACAGUCCUCCUUUAGUCUCAAAAAGCCUUCCUGAACAUGUAAAUGUGAAAGUAAAAUAAAAUUUAAAAUAUGUGCCAAAUCUGACCAGUGGCGAGGGGGCUCCAGGGCCACAGUAGUUCCUGCGGGCUGCGGGCUGAGACCAGGGAUGGGGCUGUAGAUUGGAAUGAAGCUCGGCCUUUCCUGGCCAACUGACAUGCCAAGAACAUGACGUUGGGUUAUUUUUAAUGAAGUUUUGGCAAAGCUUUCAUAAAACCGCUUCAGACCUGAACUGCUGGUCCAUGACCUCUUUCCUGCUCUUGACAGGCAACAGUGUUAAUAGCGUGUGUGUGUGGAGUUAAGGCCUUCAAGUUAGUCUUGAUUAAAGCGGCAUUUUCUCUCCUGUG